CAAAACUACUUAGCUAAGUUUAGGAAAAGAUAGUGGUUUGGGUUCAAAUUCUUCUGGCAGAAAGCCCUGAAGGCAAAUCUCUCCCAUAUGCGAGGGAGGGAAACACAACUGACUUCCUGUUUUAACAUCCGCUGUUUCUGCAGUUUUCAGCCGCUAUCAGAGACAAAAUGGCUUCCAUGUCAGAGGAGGAUUUCUGCUGUUCAGUCUGUCAUGAAGUCUUUAGUGAUCCUGUUGUUCUGUCAUGUAGCCACAGCUUCUGUAAAGACUGUCUGAAGACCUGGUGGAGAGAGAAACAGACACAGGAGUGUCCAGUUUGUAAGAGAAGAUCUUUGUAUGAACCACCUCGUAACCUGGACUUAAAGAAGCUGUGUGAGAGUUUCUUACAGCAGAGAGAUCAGAGAGCUUCAGAGGCUCUCUGCCGUCUGCACUCUGAGAAACUCAAACUCUUCUGUCUGGACCAUCAGCAGCCAGUGUGUGUCGUCUGUCUACAUUCAGAGAAACACUCCAACCACAGAAUCAGACCCAUCGAUGAAGCUGCACGACAACACAAGAAGGAACUCCAGGAAACUCUGGAGCCCUUAAAGGAGAAGAUAAAGGUUUUUGAACGAGUUAAAGAGGAGUGUGAUCAUACAGCAGAACACAUGAAGGUCCAGGCCCGACGCACAAAGAAGCAGAUUAAGGAUCAGUUCAAAAAGCUUCACCAGUUUCUAGAAGAGGAAGAGGAGGCCAGGAUGGCUGCACUGAGGGAGGAAGAGGAGCAGAAGAGUCAGAGGAUGAAGGAGAAGAUGGAGGCUCUGAGCAGAGAUAUAGCAGCUCUUUCAGACACAGUCAGAGCCACAGAGGAGCAGCUGAGAGCUGAAGACGUCUCAUUCCUGAUCAACUACAAGGCUGCAGUGGGAAGAGUCCAGCAGAGCCCCCUGCUGGAGGAUCCACAGCUGCUCUCAGGAGCUCUGAUAGACGAGGCCAAACACCUGGGACACCUGAGCUUCAACAUCUGGAACAAGAUGAAGGACAUGGUCUCCUACUCUCCUCUGAUUCUGGACCCAAACACUGCUUAUCCAAGACUCAUCCUGUCUGAAGAUCUGACCAGUUUUAGACUUGGAGAGGGACAGAAUCUUCCUGAUAAUCCAGAGAGGUUUGAUAGAUACCACUCUGUCCUGGGCUCUGAGGGCUUUAACUCAGGGACUCACAGCUGGGAUGUCGAGGUUGGAGACAGUACAGACUGGACACUGGGUGUGUUAGCAGAGUCUGUCCAGAGGAAGGGAGUCAUACAGUCUGGAUUAUGGAGAAUAAGAUUCUCUGGAGGUAAAUACUCAGCGUGGUCUCCACCAGCUCCAUGCACUGUUCUCCCAUUUAAGAAGCAGCUCCAGAGAAUCAGAGUGACUCUGGACUGGAACAGAGGAAAUCUGUCGUUCUCUGAUCCUGAUACUGACACACACAUACACACCUUCACACACACUUUCACUGAGAAGAUGUUUCCAUGCAUUUUCACUGUGGAUAAAGUCCCACUGAAGAUAAUUCCACUGAAGGUCUGUGUAAUAAAACAAUAGAGCAGUGUUUCUCAUCGGGGGCGGUACCGCUAACCUAUGGAGGGUUAGUGGUAUGUGACACUUGUGCUUAAUAUAUUUGGUGCCCCUACAAUCACAUGUGGUCCCGGCCUGGCCCCCCAUUUGAAAUAGUCUAGAACUGCCACAAGGAGUACAGACAUGCUGUGAAUUAUUGCUUUCAUUAUGUUAUUUUUUUUUUUAUUGCUGUAUUUAUUGCUGUUUUUAGUAAGUUAAUUGUUGUAUGGUUUGUGGUGUAUAUUCCCAUGUGAUGUCUUCCUGCUGCAUACAAAUUGCCCUUCUGGGACAAAGAAUAAACUGAACUGAACUGGACCUUCAAUAGCGGCUGCAGGGACUCGCACCCUGCUAGAAACUGCUGUCCAUUCUCCUCCGUCGCCGGGGUUAGCUAGUAAUAUUAGCAUAGCUGCCCCUCUGCCGGACA